AUGUCCUUCGUGGAGCUGCUGGCCCGCCUGGGCGGCAUGGGCCGCUUCCAGGUGACGUACGUGGCCGCGCUGGCCAUCCCUCUGCUCAUGCUGGCCAGCCACAACCUCCUGCAGAACUUCACUGCCGGCGUCCCCGAGCACCACUGCCGGCCCCGGCCCGUGGCCAACGCCACCGCGGCCGCCGUGCCCCUGGCCGUGUCCAUCCCCUGGGACGGCCACCGCCGGCCCCAGCGCUGCCAACGCUUCGUGGAGCCCCAGUGGCACCUCUUGGACGCCAACGGCUCGGCCGACGCAGCGGCCAACGGCACGGCCAGCGAGGCGGCCACCGAGCCGUGCCACGACGGCUGGACGUACCUGGAUGGCAUCUUCAGGGACACCAUCGUCACCGAGUGGGACCUGGUGUGUGACUCCAAGAAGCUGAGGCAGGUGGCCCAGUCCAUCUACAUGGCCGGGAUCCUGCUGGGCUCCAGCCUCUUCGGGGUCCUCUCUGACAAGUUUGGGCGCCGGGCUCUGCUCACCUGGUGUUACCUGCAGCUGGGGGCGAUGGGGGUGGGCACGGCCGCCGCCCCCUCGCUCCUGAUUUACUGCGUGUGCCGCUUCCUGACCGGGCUGGCCAUGGCCGGGGUGUCCCUCAACUCCGCCUCCCUCUGCAUGGAGUGGAUCCCGACAGAGGCUCGGGCUGUGGUGGGCACCAUCAAUGGCUACUGCUACACCCUGGGCCAGUUCGUGCUGGCGGCCGCAGCCUUCGGGCUCCCGCACUGGCGGCAGCUCCAGCUCGCCGUGUCCCUGCCCUUCUUCGUCUUCUUCUUCUACUCCUGGCUGUACGUGGAGUCCGCGCGCUGGCAGGUGACCUCGGGCAGACCCGACCUGGCCCUGCGGGGGCUCCGCAAGGUCGCGAGGGUCAACGGCAGGAAGGAGGAGGGGGACAAACUCAGCGAGGAGGUGCUGCGGGCUCUGGUGCACCGGGAGCCGCCGCUGCCGGGGGGGGCCGUGGCCGCGCUCGUCCGGACCCCCGGCAUGAGGACGGUGUCGUGCGGGGUCUCCUUCGUCUGGUUCUCCACCAGCUUCGCCUACUACGGGCUGGCCAUGGACCUGCAGGGCUUUGGCUUCAACGUUUACCUGAGCCAGGUGGUGUUCGGGGCCGUGGACAUCCCGGCCAAGCUCCUGUCAGUGCUCGUCAUCUCCUGCCUGGGCCGGCGCCUGGCCCAGGGUGGCUCCCUGGCACUCGCCGGGAUUUGCAUCCUGGCCAACAUCUUCGUGCCCAGCGAGCUGCCGGCGCUGCGCAUGGCCUUCGCCGUCAUCGGCAAGGGCGCCUUGGCCGCCUCCUUCAACUGCGCCUACAUCUUCUCUGGGGAGCUCUUCCCCACCGUCAUCAGGCAGACGGGGAUGGGUCUGGGGGGCACCAUGGCCCGCGUGGGGGGGAUGGUCGCGCCCCUGGUGCGCCUCACGGCCGACGUGACCCCGGCGCUGCCCCUCGUCAUCUACGGCGCUGCCCCCAUCGUGUCGGCCAUCGCCACCGGCUUCCUGCCCGAGACCCGUAACGCCGCUCUGCCCGAGACCGUCCAGGACGUCGAGAGGAGGGCGGGGCACCUCCAGGACGACGACGUCGCCGUCCCCCUGAGCAGCACCAAGAGCAAGGACGGAACCUGAGCGGGGGUUGGGACCCCCCGGGGGAAUUUUGGGGCCAGGACCCCCCUGGAGCCCCCCCAGCCCCUCCCAACCGGGGUUAUUUAUUGAAUCCCAAUAAAAUCUCGUGGGAAUUUUGGGAUCCUGCGGGGGACACCCUCCCCCCCCGGAGCUCGUUAAUGAGCGUUAAUUGGAAUUCCCGAAGCUCGGUGGCCUUUGCCCCAAUUCCGGGGAUUUGGCUGCAAAAUAAAUCUGGGAACGGGAUUAAUUCACAUUUCCAGGAGGGAGGAAAAAAAAAAGAAAAAACAAAAACAAAAAAAACCCCAACAAAACAAAAAAGAAAAAAAAGCAAAAAAACCACAAAAAACAAAAAAACAAAGCAAAGCAAACAAACAAAAAAGAAGCAAACAAACAAAAAAGAAACAAACAAACAAAAAAACCCAAAAAUCCAAAAAAAACCCCAAACGGGGCAAAUUUCAACCCCCCCAAAAAAAAAAAAAAACAGUGGCAAAAGCUCAGGAGAAGCCACCUCCCAAUCCCAAAUCAAUGAUUUUUUUCACCCCAAAAAAACCAGGCAGCACAAACUCAGAGCAGCCACAUCCCCUAAAUUCAUCUUUUUUACCCCAAAUCCAGGCACCCAUCAACCCCAAAAUCAUCCAUUUUUACCCCAAAUCCCCACUGUGCUCUCAAAUCCCCAUUUUUGCUCCAAAAUCCCUCAUUUUUACCGCAAGAUCUUCC